UCGUCCCGACGUCACACGCCCCUCUCCUUUACUCGCAGCGUAGGUGAGAGUCGAAUGCGCAGUGCUAACCUCCUCCAGUGUUUUCCAACGGGAUAUACUACUGAUAGAUCACCGGACAAGUCGUAACAGGCACAGCGAUCCGCAGCAAGUUGAAGGUUAAUGCAGGUGAUAGGGGAAUAAAUAACCACGUUCAUGCCCGAGAUUUGACAUUGACAAACAGCGAGAAGAAGCGUGCGUGGCCGUUUACCUCGCUACUCACGCAUAACUGGCGGACAGAAACACGGACCGGAAUCAGCCAGCCAGGGAUGUUAGCGAUGGACGUGUGAUUCCGGCUUUAAGGCUCCCAGUUGUUGUCAACCCUCCGUCCCUCAUGGCCCUGGUCCAUGAGCCCCGCUCCUCCUCCCCCUCCCUCUCCUGCUUCAACUCGCCCCUCUCCGACGGGCCCCCCCUCCGCCACCUGGAUGCCCAGACGCCCUGCACCCCCGAGAUGGACCUCACCCCCACCCAGUGCGUCCUCCGCAACGUGCUGUCCAUCGCCACCGGCGCGGCGCCGGAGCCCGAGGGCGGCGGCGGCGGGGGGGCGGGCAGGGGGCGGAGCGGCCAGAGCCCCACCCCCAGCGAGGAGCAGCAGGAGCAGCACUUCGCCAACAGCGUGCUGAAGCUCCAUGACAACGAGGGGGGGCCGGGGGGCCGGGGGACGGAGGGCGAGGGCGGUCAGGACCCCGAGAGCAGCGCCGUCCGCAGCCAGCUGCAGUUCCACCCUCAUCACGGGGGAGGGGGCUUCCUGGAGGGGCUGUUUGGCUGCCUGAGGCCCGUGUGGACCAUGAUCGGCAAGGCCUACUCCACCGAACACAAGCACAACCUGGAAGAACUGUGGGAGGUCCCGUUCGAGGAGAUCUCCGACCUCCAGUGGGUGGGCAGCGGAGCCCAGGGCGCCGUCUUCCUGGGGAAACUCCACGGACAGGAGGUGGCCGUUAAGAAAGUACGGGACAUCAAGGAGACGGACAUCAAGCACCUCCGCAAGCUCAAACACCCCAACAUCAUCACGUUCAAGGGGAUCUGCACCCAGGCCCCCUGCUACUGCAUCCUCAUGGAGUACUGCGCGCAGGGCCAGCUGUACGAGGUGCUGAGGGCCGGACGCAAGAUCGUGCCCUCCCUGCUCAUGGACUGGGCCAUGGGUAUCGCCGGGGGCAUGAACUACCUGCACCUCCACAAGAUCAUCCACCGAGACCUCAAGUCGCCCAACAUGCUGAUCACGUACGACGACCUGGUGAAGAUCUCAGACUUCGGAACGUCCAAAGAGCUCUUCGACAAGAGCACCAAGAUGUCCUUUGCCGGUACGGUGGCCUGGAUGGCCCCGGAGGUCAUCCGCAACGAGCCCGUCUCAGAGAAGGUGGACAUUUGGUCGUUUGGCGUGGUUCUGUGGGAGAUGCUGACCGGAGAGGUGCCCUACAAGGACGUGGACUCCUCGGCCAUCAUCUGGGGCGUGGGCAACAACAGCCUCCAGCUGCCCGUCCCCGAGACCUGCCCCGACGGCUUCAAGAUCCUGCUGAGGCAGUGCUGGAGCUCCAAGCCUAGGAACAGGCCAUCGUUCAGACAGAUCCUGCUGCACCUCGACAUCGCCUCGGCAGACAUCUUGUCCACCCCACAGGAAACCUACUUCCAAACUCAGGCAGAGUGGCGGGAGGAGGUGAGACAACACUUUGAGAAGAUCAAGUCUGAGGGGACGUGUCUCCACCGGCUGGACGAGGAGCUGAUCAUCCGUCGCAGGGAGGAGCUGAGGCAUGCGCUGGACAUCCGGGAGCACUACGAGAGGAAGCUGGAGAGAGCCAACAACCUGUACAUGGAGCUCAACGCCGUCAUGCUGCAGCUGGAGCUCAAGGAGAAAGAGCUGCUCAAGAGGGAGCAGUCUCUGGACAAGAAGUACCCCGGCGUCUUCCAGAAGCACCACAGCUCCAGACAGAGCGGCUCGUCCAACUCCAUGGAGAAGCUGAUGAAGAAGCGCAACGUCCCCCAGAAACUGCCCAUACACAGCAAGAGGCCGGACCUGCUCAAGUCCGAGGUGAUCCUGCCCAAGCUGGACUCCUCCAUGACCCAGGUCACCAUCCCCACCAAGGGCUCCACCUCGCCCGGCCGCUCGCGCCGCGCCAAGCCCCGCUACCGCAAGGCGGGCAAGGGCAGCAGCGGCGACCUGGCCCAGCUCAAGGCCACGCUGUCCUCCUCCCUGGGGCUGGUCUCCGCCGCCACCACCACCACCACCUCCACCUCCAGCUCCACCUCGGUGCCCAGCAGCAAGCAGCACCUGGACCCCAGCGCCGCCCUGCGCGGCCUGCAGCACGACCUGCUGCUCAAGAAGAUGUCCUCCUCCAGCCCCGACCUCAUCUCCUCCACGCUGGAGGUCGACGGUCGCGGCGGAGGCGGCGGAGGGAAAACGGGCGUGGGCCUGGAGAGAGGGGGGAGCCAGAGCGCCUCGGCCGGCCUGGGAGGGGGAGGGGACGGGGGAGGAGGGGAGGGAGGGGAAGACGGGAGGAGGGCGAGCCCGGGGGGCCGCCCGGGCGACGGGGGCAGAAGGGGAGGAGCCGAGGAGCGGGCGGAGACGCCCCCGCCGCGCAGCAACACGCCCAGCGAGGAUGCAGCGUCCGUCCCCUUCUCCAGCAGCCCCGACUCCCCCUGCGGGAGGGGGGCGGCGGCCGGGCCGGUGACCACGGCCAGCCGGGGGUCCUCGGCCAUGGGGAACCCCCGUCCGCCCCCCCACCACCACCACCACGACGGGGAGGAGAAGGAGGAGGUGACGGCGGGGAUCAUGCGCUCGCCCCGGAGCCAGAGGCUCACGCCGUCGGCGCUGCUGUACCGGGCGGCCGUCACCCGCAGUCAGAGACGUGGAUUGUCCUCAGAAGAGGAGGAGGGAGAAGUGGACAGCGAAGUGGAGUUGCCACGGAGACGGCGUCCGGUGAGCAUGACCAAGUGCCAGUCGCUGUCCACCUUCAGCUCGGAGAACCUGUCGGUGUCGGACGGCGAGGAGGAGGGCAACACCACGGACCACUCCCACAGCGGCACGCCCGACGUGGUCAGCACCAACACGGACGAGCGACUGGACGACAAGAGCGAUGACCUGCUCUCCCAGGGCUCCGAGAUCCCCGCCGACCCGCAGCAGCUGGCCUCCGACGGGCUGUCUGAGAAGGAGGCGGCCCUGCAGCAGGUGAAGACCCAGCUCACCACCGACCACAACAGCUACCAGGUUCUCUACGACGACUCAGACUGUGACAGCACAGAGCUGGACCACUCAGGCAGCGCAGAGCCCGGCUGCCCCCCCGCUCAAUGGUGA